CAAAAUUAAAAAUUAUCAUAAUCAUAACAGUUAUAAAGUGCCCCUGCAAAUAUGUCGAACCCGAGUUUGUCAACCUGUCAGUAUUUCGUGAAGCGGAAAAAACGCCACUGCAGAAUGACCGUUAAACAAGGCAGCAAUUACUGUGGCGAGCAUCUUCCGCAGGAGCGAGAAUCUCCCUCUGAAAGCACCGGAGCUGGUAAAGCAAAUCGAAAGAGGGUAGCGUGUCCGUUGGAUCCGACUCACACCUGUUACGCAACUAAACUUGCCAAGCACCUUAAAGUUUGCAACGUCAAACAGCUGAAGGAUGCGCAGCCUGACUAUAUAGUCAAAGGAAUCAAUUGCGGGGAAACUGGUACCGAAACCUUGCCUCACGUUCCGCUAUCACAACUCGACAAUUCCACCUUGGAUAGAGUUUUGCAAAAAAUCGAUGCUGCUUAUGAAUCUAUGCCGCACAUCCCUGAAAUAAUACUUGCUCAUUCGGUCCUCGAAGAUGAAUUGAAAAAUGACACCUAUGGCAAAGAUGUUAGAAAACAUUUGCUUCAGAAUGCAUCUUUAAUCGCCCAUCUGCAAAGAGCUGAUCUAGUUCGUGAUAAUACAUGUUUCAUCGAAUUUGGAGCAGGAAAAGGCAAACUAACGUACUGGCUAGCACAGGCAAUUAAGGAGCAAAAAAGUUCCGCCGUCAUGUUAGUCGAUCGUUCAAGCCACCGACACAAAAGCGACAAUAAAUUGAAAAACGAAACAAUCGGCCUAGAUGUUAUACGAGUCAGAGCAGACAUCGCAGAUCUUGCCUUGAACUCUGUGAAGGAAAUAGAGCACUUUAAAAACAAAGUUGGUAUAGCCAAGCACCUUUGCGGCGCCGCCACGGAUUUGACAAUGCGCUGUUUAGUUCAAGCGAUGCGUUGCGAAGUUGAAUUCCAUGUGGGCGGUAUGGUGGUCGCGUUCUGCUGUCAUCACAGGUGCGAGUAUAAGCCGUACGUUGGCAAAGACUACUUGGAGAAGACAUGCGGCUUUACUCCAUCGGAGUUUUCGAUACUCUGCAGUAUCGCCAGCUGGGCAACAUGCGGGUCUGGAAAAAGUAGGAGUGUUCAAAGUACAGAGCACGAUAAUGGGAGCGCGGGUGAUCAGGAUUGUUCCGAUUCGAUUCGACUACUCCAAAAACGCGAAUCUGUCGGUAGGAAGGUGAAGACCUUGUUGAAUUGGGGUCGUGUCGAGUACCUCAAGAACGCCGGCUUCGAUUGUCAGUUGAUAAACUACACCUCUACUGAUGUCUCUCUGGAAAAUAUGUGCAUCGUAGCGACGCGAAAAUCUACGACAAAAUGAUCAGUUAAUAAAAUUUUACCACCGUUUCAUCCGU